AUGUCUCAACAACUUCAACAGGCAGUGGAGAUUGCGAACUCGUCCACAGCAGAUCCUGCGCUGAAGAAGCAGGCUUUGGAUUACGUUCAACAGAUGAAGACAAGUGAUAAUGCUGCUCAAUUGUUUGUUUCAUAUUUAAAUGAUGGGUCUACGAGUGAUAUAGGCAGGUUUGUUGCUUUGCAAGUGUUGUGUGACCUUGCGGGAGAUCAUGUCCAGAAGGGGCAGCUAGAGUUUUUAAAGGAUACUGCAGUUACUAUGCUACGAGAAAAGGCUGGCAGUAGAACUGCGGAUCCGGAGUAUGUUAGGAAUAAGGCUGCGGAAUGGAUUUCGAGAUUAUUUUACUGCAUGUAUGGUGAAGUGAACGGGAAUCUGUGGUCUAGUUUUUUUACUGAUAUAAUUCAUUUGACCGAUAUUUCCAGCUUAGAAAAGUCGGUUUCAUCCGAUUAUAGUCCAGUAGGUUUAGAUUAUUUUCUUAGGAUUUGUGCGUCCAUCAACUCCGAGAUUGCAGACCAGGCAUUUGUUAGGUCUAAAGAGGCCCAGCAAAAAAAUAACAGCUUGAAAGAUACCAUGCGAAUUCAAGAUGUGUCCGUCUUGACAAGGAUAUGGAACAACACCUUGAAAUCCAUACAGCAAGAUCUGCAUAAACUUGAUCUUGCUGGUUUGACCUUACAGUGUAUUGGUUCUUAUAUCUCCUGGAUUGAUAUCAAUUUAAUCGUGAAUCCUGAUUACGUAUCUACCAUAUAUGCAUACCUCAACUAUCCAAAGACUAAGAUAGCAUGCGCACAAUGUUUGUGUGAAAUUAUUUCAAAGAAGAUGAAACCAAGCGAUAAAUUGCAACUGUUGAGUAUGCUAAAUUUGACUGAUAAAGUUGUUGAGUUAGGAGAUGUUGAUGUGGAGGUCUACGAGCAAUUAGCUAAGUUGGCAAGCUCUGUGGGAUUAGAGUUGUCCAUAAUUUUAGAACAGUGCAAUGAUGAUACAGCAUCAGUAGAGUCACAGUCCAUCGCACGAACUGCUGACCAACAGAUAAUAGGACAAGUUGCUCCAUUGGUCUUGAGGUUUAUGGACCAUGAAUACGAUUCGGUGACUCAGCAGACUUUUCCAUUCAUAUCUCACUAUCUUGCGUUCUUAAAGAGGCUUUUCGCCCUUGGAGGUAAGCCAGGUAGUGCUGUUGCAUUAAAUUCCAAAAAGAUCCCAUUAGACCAGGAUCACCAAAUUUUCCUAAACAGUUUGAUAACUGUUUGCAUGAAAAAGAUGAAAAUCGAUGAUUCCUGUGAUCCAGAAGAUGUUGAUGAUGUUGAUGAGUUCGUGGAGACUACCAGAUCUAAAUUAAAAAUCUUCCAAGAUAGUAUUGCAGUCAUUAACCCGCCCAUUUACCUAGAUCACAUCUCAAAGCAUAUAGAAUCUUCGCUAUUGAAACAUGACUGGAGAAGUUUAGAGUUGGCCAUUUAUCAGAUGCACAAUGUUGCUGAAUCUAUCAGAAACAAUCUUCUUGGCUUAAACAAAGCGGGGAUUGCACAGUCACAGCCAGCUCAAAUGAUGACAAAAUUUAUGGAUGCUGUUUUAAACAACAACUCAAUUUUUAAUUCAAAUAACCCCCUGAUCCAAAUUUCUUUCUUUGAGUUAGUUGUUAGGCAUUAUAACUUUAUUGGCAAUACUGGUAAAAAUGAGGUAACUUUACUCACUAUAUUUUGUACGCAGUUCGGUAUGUUCAAUAAUGUGGAAAGAGUAAGACUAAGGAGCUGGUAUCUAUUUUCCCGUUUAAUCAAGAUCACCAAACCUAAACUCGAUAAUGAGACGAUAUCUCAAUUAUUAUCAAAACUUGCACCUCUAUUGACAAUCAAGAAUUUAUCUGGAGUCACCAAUGAUAAUGACGUUGAUACCACUUUUGACAACCAGCUGUAUAUAUUUGAAGGCGUUGGAAUGCUAAUUGGUGCAAAGUCCACUGACGAUUAUGAAAUUCUUGAUGGUGUAUUAACGUCAUUGUUUUCUGAUUUAGAAUCUUGUAUUUCGACCACUGUCAAAACUCUAGAGGUUGUCUUGCAAGCGCAUCAUGUUUUAAUGGCUAUUGGCACCAUUGCUCGUGGUGUUCAUGCAGGUUUGGUCCCUGAAAAUCAGAUUAAUAAUUCGCAAGUUACUUCAGCUCUAGUACACAAGUCACUAAUUGAAAAGUUUUCCAAUAUUGCUGAAGUGAUUUUGGUUACGUUUUCCUAUUUCAAUAAAUAUGAGACAAUCAGAGAUGCUGCAAGGUUUUCUUUUGCUCGAUUGACCCCAAUCUUAAAGAACGAUAUUAUUCCAUUUUCCAGUAGAUUAAUCUCCAUAUUUCUAGAAUCUGAUUUGAAAAGUAUUGAAAUGAAUGACUUUUUAGGAUUUCUGGGACAGAUGGUGCACACGUUUCAUACAGAUGACAACUGUUACCAGUUAUUCAACAAUUUGUUCACACCUGUGAUCAAGAAAGUAUUUGCGCUAAUUGCACAGGUUGAAGAGGAAGGUACGGUGGCAGCAGCAUCUGGUUCAGCAGCAGCAGCAGCAAAGGGUGGGAGCGUUAAAAACGUAGUGGUAACCGAUUCUUUUAGGGAUAAAGUUCAGCUAAAAAAGGCAUAUUACGCAUUCCUACAGUCAUUCGUAUCAAACAAUGUUACUUCUCUAUUACUUACUUCAACUAAUAGAAAUAUUCUACCGAUGAUAUUAACAGACUUGUUAACAUAUAGUCCUGAAGAAAUACAAGAGACCUCAACAAUGAAAUUGGCUUUGAAUGUCUUGGUUAAUUUCGUGAAGUUUUUUGGAACUGGCAGAUGCUCUGAUGAAAAGGACCGUAACGCUAAUAACUUUGAACCGCUCGAAGGGUUAAAUGAAUUCUUUAUUGCUAAGGCAAUCCCAUUAGUUUUUGAACUGCCAUUCAAACCAGAAUAUGGUUUCAAUGUUGAAGAUGGUAGCUGUCGCGUAAUUGCAUCAGAUUUGUCUCGCCUAUUGAAGUCACUAUACGAUAUUAACGGUGAACUACACAGUAAUACAUGCGUAAAAUUUCUUACUGAGGCGUACUUUUUACAGAUACAGUUUCCACCACAACUAGCAUUGGAAUUUGUCCAGACGUUGGCAACGGCUAAUGAAAAGCAGUUCGAAAAGUAUUUUAUAAAUUUUAUUAAGUGCAUGAAGAUCUGA